AUGGGUAAUAAUUUAAGUCAAGAAUGUAAUAUAUGUAUAGAAAAAAAAUCACCGACAUUAUUUUUAGUUGCAACAUCAAAAUGUAAACAUGAUAAGAAUAUAUGCAGGGGUUGUGUUGAACGACAUAUAGACGCAAGGUUAUGUGGAAAAGGAGAUGUUUCUAUUCAAUGUCCUUUUGAAGGAUGUAAACAAAUCAUUGAACAUAAUGAUGUUAAGAGAAUAGUUAAUCGUGAGUUAUUUGAGAGAUUUGAUACAUUAUCACUUCGUCAAGCAUUAAGAAUAAUGCCAGAUUUUAGAUGGUGUAAAAAUUCCAGGUGUGGAUCUGGCCAAAUUCAUUAUGAAAGAGAUGAUGCUCCAAUAAUGACAUGUAGAUCAUGUGGGGAGAAAUCAUGCUAUACACACGAUGUUCCAUGGCACGAAAAUAUGUCAUGUCAACAAUAUGAAGAAAAGAGAAAAGAAUCGGAAGCUGCUACCAAUCAUUAUCUUAUGAAACAUACAAAACCUUGUCCUAAAUGUGGAACUCAUAUCGAGAAAAAUGGUGGAUGUAAUCAUAUGACAUGUAAAAUCAGAUCAUGUUCUUAUGAAUUUUGUUGGUUGUAA